AUGUUUUGCUGCCUGAAGAAUUGUGUAAAUGGCUUUUCAUUAACACCUAGUGUACCUAUCAGAGUUAAAGAAAGCCCUAUUCAGCUGGAUACUCUUCACAUGGGUCACGAAGUUGUAAUAGUGAAAGGUGGUCAACGAGCAUGUGGUUCUGGUUGCGUUUUAGGAAAUGCACCGCUAGUACAAAAUAAAGCCUACUUUGAAGUCAAGUUGCAACAGGGAGGAGUGUGGGCUGUCGGGCUAGCUACUAGGGAUACAGAUAUAAAUAAAGUACAUGGUGGAGUUGAUAAGGAAUCAUGGUGUUUAAACAGCGAUGGAACAGUCAGGCACGAAAAUGUAGAGCUCUACCAUUUGAAGACAGCUCCACGGGAAUCUCCUACCACAGAUAUACUGGUCUCCACAAGCUCACCUGACCACAUAGAUAAUGAUAUAGAUAAAGAUGGAGACAAAAUCACAGCAGUAAUGCCUGUAGAGGGAGACGUGAUAGGAUUAGCGUAUGAUCAUGUUGAAUUGAAUUUCUUCUUAAAUGGAAAGAAUAUGGAAAUUCCAGUAAGAAGUAUUAGGGGGACAGUCUACCCGGCUUUAUAUGUUGACGAUGGAGCCAUCUUAGACAUUAUUCUGGAUAACUUCAGAUACCCACCACCACAAGGAUUUGAAAAGAUAAUGGUGGAACAAUCUCUACUGUAA